CGGACCUCGCGCUCCGCGCCGCCGCCGCAGCCGGCUUUUGUUGUCUCCGCCUCCUCGGCCGCCGCCGCCUCUGGAGCGAGAGCCGCGCGGGGACCUUGGCUCUGCCCUUCGCGGGCGGGGGCUGCGCGGGGCCCGGCCGGGAUCCGAGAGAGGCGCGGGCGGGCGGGCGGCCGGGGACGCCGCCGGCCCCGCCAUGGAGCUCCGGGCUGGAGGCUGGUGGCUGCUGUGCGCGGCCGCCGCGCUCGUCGCCUGCGUCCGCGGGGACCCUGCCAGCAAGAGCCGGAGCUGCGGCGAGGUCCGCCAGAUCUACGGGGCCAAGGGCUUCAGCCUGAGCGACGUGCCCCAGGCAGAGAUCUCGGGUGAGCACCUGCGGAUCUGCCCCCAGGGCUACACCUGCUGCACCAGCGAGAUGGAGGAGAAUCUGGCCAACCGCAGCCGCACGGAGCUGGAGACGGCGCUCCGCGACAGCAGCCGCGCCCUGCAGACCAUGCUCGCCGCCCAGCUGCGCAGCUUCGACGACCACUUCCAGCACCUGCUGAACGACUCUGAGCGGGCACUGCAGGACGCCUUCCCUGGCGCCUUCGGGGAGCUGUACACGCAGAACGCCAGGGCCUUCCGGGACCUGUACGCGGAGCUGCGCCUCUACUACCGCGGCGCCAGCCUGCACCUGGAGGGGUCGCUGGCCGAGUUCUGGGCCCGCCUGCUGGAGCGCCUCUUCAAACAGCUGCACCCCCAGCUGCUGCUGCCCGACGACUACAUGGACUGCCUGGGCAAGCAGGCCGAGGCGCUGCGGCCCUUCGGGGAGGCCCCACGGGAGCUGCGCCUGCGAGCCACCCGCGCAUUCGUGGCCGCACGUUCCUUCGUGCAGGGACUGGGGGUGGCCAGCGACGUGGUCCGGAAGGUGGCCCAGGUGCCGCUGGGCCCAGAGUGCUCGCGGGCCGUCAUGAAGCUGGUCUACUGUGCUCACUGCCUGGGCGUGCCCGGUGCCCGGCCCUGCCCCGACUACUGCCGCAACGUGCUCAAGGGCUGCCUCGCCAAUCAGGCCGACCUGGACGCUGAGUGGAGGAACCUCCUGGACUCCAUGGUGCUCAUCACCGACAAGUUCUGGGGCCUGUCGGGUGUGGAGAGCGUCGUCGGCAGCGUGCACGUGUGGCUGGCGGAGGCUGUCAAUGCCCUCCAGGACAACAGGGACGCGCUCACGGCCAAGGUCAUCCAGGGCUGCGGGAGCCCCAAGGUCAACCCCCAGGGUGCUGGGCCCGAAGAGCGGCAGCGCCGGGGCAAGGCGGUGCUGCCCGAGAGGCCCCCCACGGGUGCGCUGGAGAAGCUGGUCUCUGAGGCCAAGGCCCAGCUCCGUGACGUCCAGGACUUCUGGAUCAGCCUCCCGGGGACGCUGUGCAGCGAGAAGAUGGCCCUGAGCACCGCCAGUGACGACCGCUGCUGGAAUGGGAUGGCCAAGGGCCGGUACCUCCCCGAGGUGAUGGGCGACGGCUUGGCCAACCAGAUCAACAACCCCGAGGUGGAGGUGGACAUCACCAAGCCGGACAUGACCAUCCGGCAGCAGAUCAUGCAGCUGAAGAUCAUGACCAACCGGCUGCGCAGCGCCUACAACGGCAACGACGUGGACUUCCAGGACGCCAGUGACGAUGGCAGCGGCUCCGGCAGUGGCGACGGCUGCCCGGAUGACCUCUGCGGCCGGAAGGUGGGCAAGAAGAGCUCCAGCUCCCGGACACCCUUGACGCACGCCCUCCCCGGCCUGUCGGAGCGGGAGGGGCAGAAGACCUCGGCCGCCAGCUGCCCCCAGCCCUGCGCCUUCCUCCUGCUCCUCCUCCUCAGCCUGGCCCUCGCAGCAGCCAGGCCCCGGUGGCGGUAACUGCCCCACGGCCCCGUGGGACUGAGGCCAAGGACUGACUUUGCCGAAAUGCAGAACGGACGAUAUUUAAUUC